AUAUAACUCAAAAUUUACAGUAAGACUUUAGCAAAAGACUAUUAGAAUAGAUAUUAAGAUAAUGUAUUAUUAAAUAUAUUUUAAAAAUAUUACAUUUUAUUCGCAAUUGUUAACACUUUUUUUAAUUUGUAUGGUCGAUUAUAAUGAAAGAACUAGAGGCAGAAAUACGACCCGAGUCCCCAAACAAAGAUGAUUCAACCAUUACGGUUAUGACUUUCAUCUAGAUCAUAAUAUUAUGACAGUAAGAGGUCGGCUAUAUAAUGUUAGUUGUCAGCAAUGUUGAUACGUUUACAUUGUUACGUCAUUUUUAAAGAACGAUGAAAAGUGUCUUAUUCUAUUUGGACAUUUUUACAAAGUUUCUUUUUGCAAACAAUGAAGCAAAUACACCCUACAGAAUCACUUGAUGUGUCACUAUUUUCUGAACAGGAUCACUAACCUAUGAUAGUUCAAACAAUGUUUUCAUAAAGAACAUAUUUUUUUUUAUCUUAUAUAGUGACCUCAAAAUGGAGACUGACGCUAACCGUCUAGAAAGUGGCUAUGAAAGUUACCCUAACAGCGCAACGCCAUCUAUAUCUAUAUCAAGAAGUAGUACUGAAAUCCCUCAACUCAAAUUAGAUUCUAGUGACUCUAACGAGGAAACCUGUUUGAAGGAAGUUCCAAUAGAAAAUAUAAACUCCACUUCAACAAACGAAUGCAGCAAAACAGAACCGAACGAAGCACCGGACGAUUACACGCAUUAUCUAGAAUACAUGCCAUCUCAUUUAAGCAACCAUCUCAUCGACGUACUGAUCAUUUUUGCAAAGAAAGACAGAGAUGAUGCCGAAACUUUUCGAGAUCACAUUAUGUCAUUAUCCUACACAGCAGAACUAUUAGACUGCAGUCUUGUACAGUCCAAAGAAAUCGAAGAUCUAUACAAACGCUCCAUGCUCUAUUUUCUUUAUGUCACAGAGGCAUUCUGCAGUUGUCAAGAGACUUUACUGAAAAGUCAUAUCAUUUUAUCACAAACUCUGGAUGAUGUUGCAAACAGUUUUAGGGUUGUGCCAGUUUAUGCUUGUACCGAAGAAAAGAUUGACCUAUCUCUUGUGCUGAAAUAUUUAAAUCCUAUCAGAUAUUAUAGGCAAGACAAAGAUAAAAGAACAGCAACAAAUAUACUGAAUAAUGUGAAAUAUGACAUCGCAGGAAGAGAAAUUGAAUUAGAAAAAAAAAGAGAAACAUAUUACAGUGAACAUAAAAGCGAGCUAAGAUCACGCCUACGAAAUAAUGUGGCAAAAAAGCGUUCAAUUCAAAACACUCAAUGUAAAAACAUAGCUUCUAGUGACGGAGCCAGAAAUAUAAGUAAAACAUCUGGUCUAGAAAAACAAGAAACUCAUUUUCAUUCUGAUAACACUGAACAGAGACCAUCAGGCUCGCGACUUGAGAAUUCCAGUAGUAUUCAUCAAACAAGCAAUGAGUCGGGCUAUGUACAGCAUGAACGUGUGACAGACGACAAGAAGUCUCUACCCCUGGAUGGACAUCCAAAAAUAUAUAAAGUAUAUAAUAUUAACAUAUCAAAAGUUAAGAAUUUGACGAUUGAAGACAACAGCUCGGACAAGAAGGUUGAGGAUUCAGAGCUAGACACAGAGCUGUCAACAAUUGUGUUAAGCCUAUCAAGUGGCGAUCUGGAGAGAACGUCAUCUUCAAGUGCAGACUUCAAACCUCCUGUUGCCGUUCAAGAAAGUCCUUUGUCAGACGAUACAGAACAUAAACAAUAUGUCUGACAGCUCACUUAUCUAUAUCACCGUGCAAUUAUUCUAUAAAGGGAGGCGGAAGCCGAUGUGUGACCAAGUGGCUUGUAUUCUUGUUAGUAUAGUUCCAUGGGCGGUCGUACGGACAGCAAAAUGUUAUAGAGCAUUUUUUUACAAAGCUUUUAUUCCCUCUGUCUGUAUUUUGACUUACAGAUAAUGAAUAUAUUAUUCUUUCUAUUUUUUUUUCAAUAAUGACUUACUAAUUGAUGUUUUUGUUUUUUUUAAUGUAAAACUUCUGCGCAUCCAAAACGAUAGCACCAUGGUUUCUAAGCAAUAUUAUAGUAUGCAAUUAUCUGUGCUAUGCAGAAUACAUUCCCGCUGCGUAUCUAAUGUAAAAUAAGUACAGAGUUAAAACAGGUAGACAUUAUUGUUUUUUUUUAAAUAUAUUACUAGUUUAUAUACCUGUAUAUGUUGGCCGUAUUAUUAAAAACUAUAUUUAAAAAAAAAAACUACAUUAGUGACAAAGUGAUUAUAAUUUUUUUUUUGUUCCCCCAUCAUUUAAUAUAAUUAGUGACAUAUAAUGUGAUAUAAUUGUGUUCUUAUAUAAGAGAAAAUAAUGGCAAAGGGAUAUGUGGUUCUGUCAGGCACACGCACACACGUGUGUGGUAUUUCAGUGUAGUGUACUAUAAUGGAAUGGGAAGAUGCGGUUGAAUAAAAUACUAAGGCCCUUUACUAGAGAAUGGAGUGCCAAGGUUUAGUUGAGUGAGGGAACACACAAAAGUACAUUUCAUAAUCUCAAAUCGAGUAUAAUUCUAAAGCGUAGACAUUUAAAGUUAAACGCUAUGCAUAGCGUUAAGAAUGAAAGAUCUAUUUAUAACAUUUGAAAUUUAUGUUUAAAGAAUGCUCUCAUAGCAAGCUAGUGUCAUGUGCCUUUAGAAUCAAUCAUUCAUUUCAGGCUUCAAUCUAUCAUUCAUUUCAGGCUUACAAUCAAUCAUUCAUUUCAGGCUUACAAUCAUUCAUUUUAGGCUUACAAUCAAUCAUUCAUUUCCAGUUUUCAAUCAAUCAUUCAUUUUAGGCUUACAAUCAAUCAAUCAUUUCCAGCUUUCUAUCAAUCAUUCAUUUCAGGCUUACAAUCAAUCAUUCAUUUUAGGCUUACAAUCAAUCAAUCAUUUCCAGCUUUCAAUCUAUCAUUCAUUUCAGGCUUACAAUCAAUCAUUCAUGUCGAAGUUCAGUUUACAAUUGAGUGGACAUUGCGCCAUUGUAGCUGUGCCAUUAAAACAGAAACAAACAAAAAAUGUGUUUGUGAGAUUGAGCUCUAUGUCACCAUUAAGGACAAACUUAGGCUAGGUUUUUUAAACUUAACACGGGUUUGUGAUGACAUCAAAUGUCAAUCUCUCUUUUUUAAAAUGUUUCUUCCACACUCCUUCAGUAAAAUAAAAACAAUUUUUUCUUGACAAUACAUGGCACAAAAUGUCUGUUAUACGUUACUACAAUAAAAUAUGUUCAAAGUGUAAUCUAUUUCAAUGUGUCUGCCUAACUGUGUCGCAUGUGCUCCGGGCUGUCACCUUCCUGCUACCUCACCCCAGCGUCCUGCGGGAAGUUAGGGCUAGGUAGUAAUUCUCUUUCAAUAUGAAGAAACAUCCGAAACAUGUUAUGUAAUGGUGCUAUGAUGUGAUAUGAAGUUAUGGUGAUCAGUGUACAAUAUGCUAUGCACUAUUUAUUUUCUAUGAAUUGGACCAUUUUCAUUUUAAUAAUUGACUCUAGUAUUUUUCAUUCGAUUGUGAUAAAUUAUUAGUAGGCCUAUUACAUCUACAUUACCUUCUUAAAAGAUAUAGGCCUACCAUUUUGUGUGUGUGUCUGUUCAGGGAAAAUAUUGUGGAUGAAUUAAAAACUAUUUUUAUAAUCAA